UCUCCUUAUGACAGUCUCAGUCCAUCACUGACAAACUUCACCAACCUGAGCUCCCCUCUUCGAACUCCCACUACUGUUCUAUCAAUCAGCUUGGAUUCCAUUAAUUCAUACCUACUUCACCAGUUAUCUUCAAUUGGCACAAUAUCAUGGGCCACCUCCGCAGAUGGGUUCCCCUGAUUUUGAUUCUCUGCAUCCUCAUCCCUCUGAGCUCUUCAAGAUCGACUCUGACCCCUGAAGAGCUGGCCCUCGUUGCAACCAGUUUUCUGAACCUCGCGAAGACGCCGGAGGUGUCGGAGUACAUGGUGAGGAUCCGGAGGAGGCUCCACGAGUACCCAGAGCUCGGGUUCGAGGAGUUUGAGACCAGUAAGCUCAUCAGAGCAGCGCUUGACGAGAUGGGGAUCCGUUACAAGCACCCACUUGCCGUUACUGGCAUUGUGGGUUACAUCGGGACCGGGAAGCCUCCCUUUGUGGCUCUCAGGGCAGACAUGGACGCCCUUGCUAUGGAGGAGACUGUGGAGUGGGAGCAUAAAAGCAAAGUUUCUGGAAAAAUGCAUGCUUGUGGACACGACGCACAUGUAGCAAUGCUCCUUGGUGCGGCAAAGAUGCUGCAAGGCCGUCGGCACGAGUUGCAGGGAACAGUUGUUCUUGUUUUCCAACCAGCUGAGGAAGGAGGUGGGGGUGCAAAGAUAAUGAUGGAGGACGGAGCUCUCGAAAACGUGAGUGUCAUCUUUGGGGUGCACGUAACUGCUAGGUAUCCUAUCGGGACUGUAGUGAGCAGGCCUGGACCGAUCUUGGCUGCUUCUGGCUUCUUUGAGGCAGUUAUAAGUGGAAAGGGAGGCCAUGCUGCCAUUCCUCAGCACGCGGUCGAUCCGAUUGUAGCAGCCUCAAGUGCGAUUGUUAGUCUCCAACAUCUCAUUUCACGUGAAGCCGAUCCACUCGAUUCUCAAGUAGUCACAGUAGCCAAGUUUGAAGGAGGCGGGGCUUACAAUGUCAUUCCGGAUUCUGUCACAAUUGGUGGAACAUUCCGAGCAUUCUCAAAGGAAAGCCUUUACCAACUUACACGUAGAAUCGAAGAGUUACAGGUGAUUAGAAGACAAGCUAGUGUACACAGAUGCAAUGCUUCAGUCUCCUUUGAUGCUAAGCCAUUCUACCCAGUAACAGAAAACGACCGAUAUCUCCACCAACACUUCCUCAAUGUUGCAGAGGACAUGUUGGGUGCGAGCAAAAUCUUAGACAUGAAACCCCUGAUGGGUUCGGAGGACUUCUCGUUCUACUCAGAGGUGAUUCCUGGGUACUUUUACUAUGUCGGGAUGAAGAACGAGACUCUAGGAGUCUAUGAACCAGGGCAUUCUCCUCACUUUCGGGUCAAUGAAGAUGUUCUUUCUUAUGGAGCGGCAGUUCAGGCAUCACUAGCUGCAAGGUACAUCCUCGAACAUCAUCACGAAGAUGAGGCAGUAAAAGAAGUUCCUCAAGAUGAAUUGUGAAGCGAGCCUCGACUAAUCAGCAAGGCUAGAGUCCAGUUACGGACAUUCAUGUGGAUUCAAUUAGUCAACAUGUAAAUGAAAUUUCGGACUACAAGAUUUGCAAGUAGAACGAUCUUUACGUUCUUCUGCCUUUUAAAUCAAUCUACUGCAAAUCACAAGCUGGUAGCCAAAGCCAAUGGUUCAGAAAUACAUCCGACUCUUCAUACUGGAUA